GCAACCACUGGUGACGUUGUCUGCUCGUUUCACACUCCGCAUCCGACGUGGAAUCAAAAGCGGACACACAGAGAAAAAAGAACACAAACCGCAGCCAAGAAAGCCACAGUUCGGACGCUCGGAUUUCAUUGCGUCUUUGAAUUCUGCUUGCGCUAGAUCUUGUGUUGUUGAAAACAUCCCAUUAAAGUAACGAAAUGGAUCAAUUGACGAAAUUCUAUGAACCCGGCCGCUCGUUCGCCAAGGACUCGAUCCGACUGAUCAAGCGCUGCACCAAGCCGGACCGCCGGGAGUUCCAGAAGAUUGCCAUCGCCACAGCCAUCGGAUUCUGCAUCAUGGGAUUCAUCGGUUUCUUCGUGAAACUGAUACACAUCCCGAUCAACAACAUCAUCGUCGGAUCAUAAGCCGUGUGCGCGCGUGUAUGUUGCGUUCCCUCUUUCUUUUCCCGUUCAUCGUCACCAUUUAUCCUGCGAGCAGAAGCGUUCAAACCCAUCCACAACACCUUCAUCGAUACGGUAUGCUCCGACUUUCUCCGGCAUUUCCUAAACCUCGUCGCGAAUCCACAGAACUUUGACACGAAGACAAACGGUGUCAACGGCAUGGUGUUGGAAGCUCAGGGGUUGAAACGGCACCAUGCAGUUGGUUAGUUGAAGGUGUAUUGGCGUCGUUCCCUUACGCUCGCGUAUAUGAUAGUGUAAUAAUCCUGUUUUCUUGCGUUACAUGUUAGAAGUAAUUCAAUCUUGAGCGACCCGCUGCAUGCAGUAGCAUAGGUCGCGUAUAUUUUGUGAAACCGAAUAAAUAAUUUAUUGUUUCACUAAACAAGUA